AUGGCCGGACUCAGCGAGCAAAUCGAAGCACUGGGCCAGGAGUACAAUCGGCUCGAAGAGCGCAUCACGGAGCUCGAAAGAACGAAUCCAAACGGCAAAUCUCACUCUCACGAUCUCCAGUCACUGUCCUCAAAGUUGCCACUCGCCCUGGCCUCUAUCCACCACAUCGCGCAGGAACUCAUCCAUCGCCUCGGAAAUGGCGACCAGCUGAGCCUGACGAUACAAGCCCAACUGCAGGCCUCUUUCGGUGCUGAACUCCACGCUGGCGUCCCUCUCGCCAAACGCACACUACCCACGCCCAGCCUCUCGGACGCAGCAACCAAACGGAAGAGCACCGAGAGUACUGAGGGGUUCGACAGACCAGCUAAACGCCCUCGCGGACGUCCACCUAAGAACGGGGUGUAUGCUCGCAAGCUGAGCACGGAUUCUUCAAGCUCCAACUCGGCCAAGGAGAAAUCGACAGACCUCAAGCAAACCACUCCCAAGGUGAAGAAGCCACUCGGCCGACCGCGGAAGAGCGUUGCCACGCCUCCACAGCAGACCUCCAGAAGGACCACCGGCUCGGAUGCUAGCACUGCCCAGGAUGUGUCACUGGCGUCCAACAAAGCGGCACCUUCGAAAGCGAGCGAUGCGGAUGUGACGAAGACGAAGGAGAAUCGUACUCCGGCCAAGCAGAGACACGAAGACACUACUCAAGACUACAUCGACAGUGGGAUGGACGUUGAUGAUGAAGGCGAAAGGAACGCAUCUGUCUCCAUCCCGCCCGAGCGCCGCAGUACUCGUACGCCAAAGCCGACGGAGAAGGCAAAUUUCAUUAGCUGGAAGCAGUACAAUGAGAUGCAGUGA